GAAAGGUAUCAAUAAAGUUGCGCCUUUAUCAAGAAAAUUCCGAAUUAAGAAAGAAUAAUGGCAGGAAUCUACAAUUUUCUGUAUAUACUCGUAAUCACGAUGUUUACUAUCGUAACCGCAGCAGAUUACUGCAACAUGAAAUCAUGUAGCAAGAAAGGAGAUCAUACUAUGUGCAAAUACUCCUCGUCAAAACCAGCAAAAGAAUGCGGACAAACAAGUCGUACUGGCCUUACUGAUAAAGAGAAGAAGGAAAUAGUAGAUAAACACAAUGAACUGAGACAGAAAGUUGCAUCGGGUGCAGAAAAGAGAGGAAACCCAGGUCCGCAACCAAAGGCAGUUAGCAUGUCAAACGUGACUUGGGAUAAAGAACUGGAGGAGAUUUGCCAAAGAUGGGUUAAUCAAUGCAUAUCCGGACAUGACAAGUGUAGAGGUGUAGAUAGAUUUACAGUUGGUCAGAACAUGGCCCGGGUAUACUCUAAGGGAAAUAUUACAGCCAAUAUGACACAGAUGAUCUUAUCAUGGUACAAUGAAGUAAAUGAUUUUAAUAAUACUAAAGUUGAGAAGUAUGAAUUUGACUCAAAAAUAGGCCACUAUAGUCAACUGAUCUGGAAUGAUACAUCAAAAAUUGGUUGUGGAAUAAUAGAAUAUAAGGACUCAGCGGGCUGGAAUAAUAUAAAGCUAGGUUGCAAUUACGGUUCACAUGGAAAUGUGAUCGGUCAGAAAAUAUAUAAAAUUAAAAAAUAAAUCCAAUUGACGGAUUAAAGAUGUAAUAAAAGAUAGCGAUAUAUGAAAGAAAAUA